CAAAUCACUCUUGAAUCGUUGGAGGGUAUGAGCACUCGCAAAACGCCCGUCUCAGGCAGGUCCUCGUCGUCGUCGUCGUCAAGCGCCGCGCGAUCGGCUGCAUCAUCCUCGUCGAGCGCAUCUGGAUUGGCUGCCACGCCUGCCGCGUCUGGCACUCGGGCAGGGAGCACUGCAGGCAGCAGCACCACCAGGACGACCUUGCGCCUGCGAUCUGGGAGCGUAGAGUCCCCGACCGCCGCCGCCGACGCUGCUGCUGCUGCUGCUGCUGCUGCUGCUUCUCAUCACACACCAACCCCGACAAGCAGACGAGGUGCGGCCGCAUCGGGACCGCUCGGAUCGAGAACGCCACAGACGCCCAAGGCGGGCAGCACUGCUGGCUCAGCAGGCAAGCGAGCGACUGGCGCGAAACCCGCUGCUGCUGCGCCUGGCAACGCGCUGUACAUUGAGCCUGACUUUGAGGACGACGAUCAAGACCAGGGCGAGGACAGCGGUCUGGGCAGCAACGAGAACGCUCGUCGCGCAAGCAGCAGCAGUACUGCAGCAGCCCCGAUCGAAGUGGGACAAGGCGAGCCAAUCUACUACCGCGAGCACCUGUUGACUGGCAACGAGGAUAUGCACAGCUCGAAAUGGGUCGACAUUGGCGGCGAACUGGUGGAGGUGCGGCGCGUUCGAGCGGAGCUUCGCUGGGCUGCGCGAGAGUGCACUCGGCGAGGCCUGCUCCACUCGGCCAGCUGGGCUACAGAGAUGGCGUGGGCAGUGGCCACUCCAGAAGAGUCGGAAGCGCAGAGGCUGGCAACCGCUGCGGCUGGUGGCCAGGAAACGCGGACUGGCGCUGCCGCGAUUGAAGGCCGUUUUGCAGGCGAUCCGGGCGACUAUGACUACGAGGAGACCGAGGAAGAUUUCGAAAUGCAGGACGCGGUGGAGCAAGAGUAUCUCGAUCCAUUGUGGAACAUGCAGACCGAGGCGCGCGAGGCCGACCGCGUUGCCUUUGCCAAGUCGCUGUUCGACAUGCGAGAGUAUGAUCGCGUGGCCCACAUCUUGCGGAACGCCAAGGGGCAUACAGCGCUCUUCUUGAGAUGGUAUUCUCGCUACUUGGCCGGAGAACGCCGCAGCGAGGAGGAGACUGACGCAACCUCGGCCAGCAUUUUCGGCGACCCGCUCAUUGUGGGCACCAGCACCACCACCGCCGGACAAUCACAGGGACGGCCCCAGCACCCUCAGCAAAAGCAGUUGGGACCCAACGCUCCCGGCGGGUCCAUGGGCUGGGCAACGCAAGGCACACCAGUCUCGAGCACGCGCAAUUUUGUCAAGAACAAGGAGGUAAAGUCGCUUCAUACCGAGCUAUCCGCCUUGUACGAGGCCGACCAGCUGGAUUCGUUCGGCCUGUACAUGUAUGCCCUGAUUCUUCGAGCGAUUGAGCUUGAUGGGCUUGCAUUGACGAUUCUGGUUGAAGCGGCCGAUCGCUGCCCACUGAACUGGGCUGUUUGGACUGAAAUUGCUGAUCUGUGCGACCAUGAGCUCGACUUGGACGAGGCACCCUUUGGCGAUCACUGGAUUCGUGAGGUGUUUGAGACGCAUCUGGAGCGUCGAUUGCAACGAAACGAUUCGGCUCUUGAGCGCAGCCUGGCCCUCGCCUCAGUGUUUGGACGCAGCGCUUUUAUUUGGGGCGAAGCUGCUCUUGCGGCCUACAACAAGCGAGAUUACACUGCCGCAAUGGAUGCGUUUUCCAUCAUUCGCAUUCUCGAUCCCCACCGUCUUGAUAGCAUGGAUGUCUUGUCAAACAUGCUGUUUGUGAAAGAGCGCUCGCAAGAGCUUGGAACGUUAGCGCAAACAUGCACGGCCACGGACAAGUAUCGGCCCGAAACGUGUUGCGUUGUCGGUAACUUUUAUGCCAUGCGAUGCGAGCACGAAAAGGCAGUCGUGUUUUUCCAAAGAGCGCUACGGCUGGACCGGAACUUUGGAGCCGCAUGGCUGCUGAUGGGACACGAAUACAUUGAGUUGCGAAACAUGCCUGCUGCGGUUGAAGCUUAUCGUCGUGCAUCAGAAGUCAACCAAAUCGACUUCCGCGCUUGGUAUGCGCUUGGUCAAGGGUAUGAGCUGCUGAAACUCUUUGAUUUUGCGCUCCUCUACUACGAAAAGGCCCUCAAGCUGCGCCCCGAGGACUCCCGCAUGCACGUCGCUGUCGGCACCAUGCACGAAAAGUUGAACAUGUACGAAGACGCGCUUCGGUGCUACUCUAAUGCAGAACAGCUCGGCGACUCGGAGGGCGUGGUCGUUGCCAUCAUGUGCAACAUGUACAUGAGCCUCAAGAUUCCCGAAAUGGCCGUCAUCUACUGCAAAAAGUGUGUCGAAACGUACGGACAGGAUUUGGCCACGGCAACGGCUUUCGUCGCCAAGGUGGUUGUGCAAGCCUUGCUCUACCUUGCGCAGUAUUACUUUGUGGAGGGCGAACGCUCUACCGCCGAGACGUAUGCCACCAAGGUGCUGACGUGUGCGUCUUUGACAACGGAUCGGGAGGAAGCCAAGCGAAUUCUACAAGCCAUCCAUGGUCGAUCUCAGUGAAACGUGAACGGCACAAAUCCUGCUGUAAAAUGUCAAAGUUGAUAGCAGGAACGAGUGCACCGCGUUCCUACUCCUCAUGUGAGAUUCGUGUAGUCGAGUACAAUAAAAUAUACUUUCUAUCAACU